UGUUUUUGACUGGACUGCGAAGUGGGAUCUAGCGAAUUGAUAUUUUGGCUAACACGAAAUCGGCGAAUUUUAGUGCGUUGUGCAAUAAUAAAGUAACAUUUCCACUGCAAGCACAUGCUUGCUAACGAAUAAAUCCGUGUUAAGUGUACUCGAUAUUCGAAAUGGCUUAUUUACUACCAAAUUUAUGUCGGUGCCUCUGCCUCCGGAGCCGUCCGACUUUGAUCAUUCAAUCUGCGUCUUACCACGCAAAUGUGAUCGAUCACUACGAAAACCCGCGUAACGUCGGCUCUCUGGACAAGAAAGAUAAAAAUGUAGGAACGGGUCUCGUCGGUGCACCAGCCUGCGGCGAUGUCAUGAAAUUGCAGAUAAAAGUCGACGAAGACGGAAAAAUUAUCGAUGCAAAGUUCAAAACUUUCGGAUGCGGUUCGGCUAUCGCUUCAAGCUCUCUGGCAACAGAGUGGGUGAAGGGAAAGACUGUUGACGAGGCUUUGAAACUGAAGAACACUGAUAUUGCAAAGGAACUGUCGUUGCCGCCUGUUAAGCUGCACUGUUCCAUGCUUGCCGAGGAUGCUAUCAAGGCUGCAUUAUCAGACUAUAGAAUUAAACAACAGCAGAAGGAACAGAAAUAAAUAUAACCAAUGAAACUUGGAAAAUUGGAACGGAUCUGUGAUGGUUAUAGGGGGUUGUCUAAUGUCUUAUUUAAAAAUGUAGUACUCAAUUUAUUGCUAAUAUAAUAUUAUAAUCAGAAGAAUAAAAGCAAAAAAUCACACAGUGAUAAUAUUAUAGACAUAGUUUUCUCCUGUAUUUAGAUGUAAUAUUGUUGCAUAGAAAUAAAUUUAUUCAACGUGAA